AUGAGCACGAUACUCAUCGCCAUGUCUUUUGUGCUGAUGUUCUCAGCCGUUGUGCCACAAGUCGCCGGAGCCACGGGAGGGAUAUUGCAGAUCCCUUCUAAUGACUCCUUGGCUCACUGUAUCCAAAGGUGCGGGGACGUCAACAUCUCCUAUCCCUUUGGUAUAGGAUCCGGCUGCUUCCGUCAAGGCUUCGAUCUCACCUGCAACCACUCCAGCAAGCAACCCAAGCUCUUUUUAGGCAGCAGCACUGUCCAGGUCACUCACAUGUAUCACAAUCUUGUUUCGACCCCUAUAAUCUUCAACCUUACAACGAGUCCAGGUACAGAUACCUACAAGAUGACAUGGGAGGCCCCUGCUAAAGGUAUUACUCUCUCUGGUGAUAAUACUUUGUAUGUAGCUGGUUGUGAUUUGGACGUCACCUUGUUUGAGUAUGGUACGGGAGAGAUUGUUGGCUCUUGUAUGAGUAGAUGCGCCAACAAGAAGGCACCAACUGGAGGGGCUUGUAAUGGAAUAGGCUGCUGCCUCAUCCAAUUACCAAGGGACAUGCCAGGCUUUCGGGCAGAACUUGUCAGCACUAAUACUACGGCGACACAAUCAGAUUGGUUGCACCCGGGCAUCAUCGCUUUUGUGUCACCUUAUUAUCAGUACAGAGAUGAUGAUGAUGAAAAAGCUAAUGCAACCGCUAUUUUCCCAAGUUGGACAAAUGCAAGCAAUAUUUAUGAUGCAGAUCUUAGAGUUGCGAUCAUGGACCAACCAAGCUGUGAAAGUGCACGACUGAAGAACGAAAGCUAUGCCUGUAGCAACGGUAGCAGUUGUCGGAAUUCCUUAUCCGGUGGUUACCAAUGUGUCUGCUCUUCUUAUAGCAGAAGCAACCCUUACAUCUUAGAUGGAUGCAUGCAAGAAGAUGCACAAUAUCAAGUGACUGAUGUAUCCGUGGAAGAUGGGACUCUAACUGUUAGCAACAUGGUGAACGGAAGUAAUGAAAAAGAGGCAAUAUUUGUCCAGACUAAAGAUGGAUAUGGAGCAUAUUAUGCUCCUAUGGAGGAUCAAUUUGAUUUCUCUGCGGAAUACAACAUUGUUAUAAAGUGGGCGGUUGCCAAUUUAACAUGUCAAACAGCUAUGCAGAAGGAUACUACAUAUGCAUGCCGCAGUUCCCAGAGCUAUUGCCUAAACGUCACCCAUGGGGAAAUAUUUAUGGGAUAUCGUUGUAAGUGUUCGACAGGCUUUCAAGGAAAUCCGUACGUCAAGUAUGGCUGCACAGGUAUUGCAACUGGAACUGGAUGUGGCCUUGGCUCCAUACUUCUUGCACUCUGUGUAUUUGUAUUCGCCAACAAGUGGAAGAAAGGCAUCCAGAAGAGAAUCCGACAAUCACACUUCAAGAAAAAUCAAGGCCUACUGUUGCAGCAGUUGAUCUCAGAUGAAAGCGCCACAAACAAAACAAAGAUAUUCUCCUUGGAGGAACUAGAGAAGGCAACCAACAACUUUGAUGCCACUCGUGUUCUUGGUCGUGGAGGACAUGGUACAGUUUAUAAAGGGAUUCUAUCCGACCAACGGGUUGUGGCUAUUAAAAAAUCCAAAAUUGUGGAGCAGACUGAGAUAGACCAGUUUAUCAAUGAGGUUGUUAUCUUAUCUCAAAUCAUUCAUCGCAAUGUGGUAAAGCUAUUUGGUUGUUGCCUCGAAUCUGAGGUGCCUUUGCUGGUGUACGAGUUUAUAUCUAAUGGUACAUUGCAUGAACUUCUUCACAUUGACGUUAGUGCCAAAUGCUUGCUGUCAUGGGAUGAUCGCAUUAGGAUUGCAGUAGAAGCAGCAGGAGCACUUGCUUAUCUGCACUCGGCUGCUGCAAUACCCAUUUUCCAUAGAGACGUGAAAUCGUCUAACAUACUAUUGGAUAGCUACUUCGCUACAAAGGUUUCUGACUUUGGAGCUUCUAGGUCUCUUUCCCUCGACGAGACUCAUGUGGUGACUAUUGUCCAAGGAACAUUUGGUUACCUAGAUCCAGAGUAUUACCAUACCGGGCAGCUAACUGAAAAGAGUGAUGUGUAUAGUUUUGGAGUAAUACUUGUGGAACUUUUGACAAGAAAAAAGCCAAUUUUUAUAAAUGAGGUAGGUGCAAAACAAAACUUGUCCCAUUAUUUCGUGGAAGGAUUGCAAGAGGGAGCUAUCAUGGAAAUAAUGGAUCCUCAGGUUGUCAAAGAGGUAGAUCUGGAAGAGAUUGAAGAUAUUUGCUCACUUGCGGAAGCAUGCUUGAGACUCAAAGGAAGAGACAGACCUACUAUGAAAGAAGUAGAUAUGAGGUUGCAAUUGCUGAGAACUAAGAGGCUAAGAAAAUGCAAUAUUCUCCCAGAGGUUAGCAACUCUGAUGCACAGAUGCUGCCCAGUUGUUACAGUCUAGAACAAGAACUUUCAUCCUCACUCACGUUGCCACGUUAA